UAUGCAAGAAAGAAGUAUGCAGUACAUUCUGUGAACUUUCAUUUCAUGCAUGCCCAAUCUCGUGGGUAGUCACUGCAACAAUCAAGUACUUGUUUGUUUUUUGUUGUUAGCUAUUGGCUCUAACCAUCCCAAACUCGCGUUCACUGAAAGUGGAUCAGUGAUCAUGUCGACCGACACCCUCGAGUCCGUUGACCAGGAGGUCAACCCCGGCCUGUGGCCUGAUGAAGGUGUAGUGGCGAUCGCCUUAGAGGCCGAUCGCUCCAUACGUGAGAGCUUCCGUCUUCAUGACCGGUGCACGAACUGGCCAGACGAGAAGACAGUGGGCAUCCAAUCAGUGAAAGCAAUGAGAUUGAAUGCACGUGCGCUGGAGAUCCUUGCUGAGCAUUGGUGCCAAAAAACACCGUAUGCCAAGACAAUUCCCAUUGACUUCAUGAGACGGGAGGUUACCAUGCUUCGAAAAAUCCUUGGAAGGCCCGAAGACGCUUGCAUGAUGCAUUUAGACGCGUCUGGACUCAAGAAGCUGUUUUCGCAUGGUGUGCGGCGCUUCUCGAGCAGGGCUGCUACACGAGAACCUGCUUUGGAGCGCUUCUUUCAGAUCUUGGAGAUUUUUUGGACGGAUGGUGCCGCCGCUGAUGGUGCCCCCACUGAUGGUCCAACUGAAGCUGAUGGAUCCACAGCUGCAGGUGGUGCGCCCCCCUCUUCGCCCGCUGGUGCCCCCACUGAUGGUUCCACGCCAGCUGCUGAUGACUCCUUGAGAGAGCAACUGGAGACGGUUCUGCCACAGCUUCUGGAGUGCAAGCUGCAGAUCCAGGAUUCGAGUGCUCGGCAGCAGCCUUUGGAGGUGGACUCCUGCCGGGAGGCGCUGGCGAGCGCACGGAGCUGUCAACAGAUGGCCUGGAAGUUCUUGACAUCCAAUGGCAUCGACCUGAGUCAUGUGGUGCCAACCAAGUUCGCAGAGGAGAUGCUGCCUCAUCCAGCUGCUUUUGGCCCACCCUCUGGGCCGAGCCUGGCGGAAAGCAUUUCCGCUGAGGUCUUCCCGCCGGUGAUGCGGCUCCUAUCAUACAAUCUGUUUUUGAGGGCACCUGCUCCACAGUUCACUCACAACAAUGAAGAUGACCGAAAGGAUGAGCGUUUGUGCCGCUUUGUGGAGCACCUGGCGCGGUACGACCUGAUUUGUUUGCAGGAAGUCUUUGGGGCCUUUUCACAGAGGCGUGAGUGGUUGAUCCACGUGGCCCAGCGCUUUGGUCUCAAGGACUCUCAUCGAUCAUCCACCAAUGUUCGACCCCGUUUCAUCGUGGAUGGCGGCCUUCUGAUUCUUUCUCGGCUGCCGAUUGUCUACAAGUCACAGCUGACCUUCGAUCCGGGCAUGCAUUUAGAUCGUUUCAGCGCCAAAGGUGCGCUCUACGCCAAGGUGCAAUGUGGGCCAACAGGGCCAUUCCUCCACGUGUGCACCACACACUUGCAGAGUACUUACUCCGAGGACUCAGCACCCUUUGCGCAAGCCACACGCCACAAGCAGCUUCAAAGUUUGGUGCACUUCCUCAAGGAGCAAACCAAUGACCACAUUUCAGACAACGGUGCUUUUGUGCGACGCUGGCCACUCUUGCUGUGUGGCACCUUAAACUUCAAUGGCCGGCGAGGUCUCAUGGACGGUGGCCACAGCGCUGAAUACCGCGCAGUGCUGCAACUGCUCAAGGAGCAGCUGGGAGAGGUUCGUGACCUACUCUUCGAUGUGGCGGGCUGCCAUCCAGUCACCUACGCCGACACGCGGCUCACGGGGUCGCAAGAAGUACCGGUGGAACGCGUCUUGACCAACGCGAGCGUCUACAAGAGCAACACAUUGAAGAGGCAGUGCUUGGAUUACAUGUUCUUCUUCCCAUACCAGCCGCACGGGGAGUCGACACAUGAGCCGGUCGUGCCAGCAACAUGCCAAAUCCAGAAAUUUGCUGUAGACAGGUCCCAAGAUGUGGGUGCUCCUGUGACGCAACUCUCCGACCACUACGGUGUAGAAGGCAGUUUGGCCAUCAUCGAGUCCCCUGCAUACCUCACAGCUGAACGGCCUGAGCAGCGCAGCCGCAUCACGGACUCUCAAGGCUACAAACUUGCAAGCGUUUCUGGAGAGGAAACUGCCACCGCACAGCCCGAUGGCCAAGUCCAGCUGGACAGUGGUGGUGAUGGUGUUGCGGAGGAAGCUGCACGGCAGGAAGCAGCAGCAGAGGUUGAGGCUGCAGCAGAUGAAGUGGAGGAGCUGGGAUUCCUUUUUGUUGGGAUAGAGGCUAAAGGACCCGACAUGGGAGGAACCUUGAAUGUAUGACAGACUAUGACACGAAACAUUGUCGUAAGGGGAGCAUGGUUGUUUUCUUACAAGGUCAAUGCUACAUAAAUGCUUGUCGUUCUAUACUACAGGGUUGGAGCAUCCGGAU